AUGGCCCCGUCACUUAACGGGUCGGUCAUAGCACAGCUCACUACUCACCCCCCCAACGCUCGUCGCGCAGUGGUCACGAGCCUGUCGUAUUGCGCCAAAGCUGUAGCAACAUCACAUCGGCUGCCAAAUCCAUUGGACUAUACCAUCAGGAGACCACAAAACAUAGCGUUGGUAGAAGGUAACGCAGAUGUCGAUCCAAAUAGUGGCGCCCAUGAACCGCCGAGUGAGUUGCUCGGCACAAGGAUGCCGGUUGUAGGGUAUAGGGCUCCAACGCCAGAACUCCAGACACCAGGCCUCUUGGUCACGUCCACCCCCGACUUUACGUAUUCCCAUUAUGCGUCGAAUAUGGAGUGUUCGCGUAUAUAG